AUGGCCAACGAGCAGAUCUCACUCCCAUACCUGGUGGUGAUCUUGCUGGUGACGGCGUUCAUUAUUCGGUUCCUCUUCUUCUCCCCCGCCCCGCCGCCGGCGCCGCGGCAGAGUGCUCAGUCGGUGCUGCGCAUGCGUGAGGCGGCGGUUGAGAGGAUACAACAGAUGUUCCCACAGGUGGACCGGCGGACCAUUCUCUGGGACCUGCAGAGGAACGGGGGCAAUAUUCAAGGAACGUCGGAGAGGAUCCUUGCAGGCAGGAUGGAGACGCCUCCCAUCACGUUUCAGCCCCCUUCCCCGCCGGGAGCCAACAACGCGUCGGCGAGCUCCUCGGCACCGGCCAAGGCACCUGAAAAGCCGACGCAGCCAGACCUAAUUACGAGGUACAAGCUGCAGGGAAAGAUCGCAGCGCAGCAGCGGCAGCAGGCCGAGGCGGAUGCCGCGGCGGAGAGAGAGAAGGCUAGCAGGGGAUGGAGCUCGAACCGGGACGAGAGGCAGUCGCUUCUGCAGAAGAGGAGGGACGAGAUGAUUCUUGCGGCGAGGCGGAAGAUGGAGGCUAAGAUUGCUGCGGAGAAGGCCUCUAGCUGA